UCCAAAGCUUAUCAAAGUGCAUUCCGUUCUAUUCGCUGCUUGCUUUGAGAUGAAGCCACUACACUGUGAGAAGUUCCUAAUGCAUCUCCUCACUCUUCUGUUACUACUCUUGCUUCCACAUAGCCUCCUGGCAAUCUCCUGCAAUUUUGAAACCGGUCUAUGCGAAUGGCAAAAUGGAGCAGAUGAUCAAUGGCAGCUUGGCAGUGGGAACUGUUCAAACUCGAGUAAACCGGGCCCGAUGUAUGAUCACACCAUCAGUUGUGGAGGUCAGUACCUGUUCGUCAGCCGUGCAAAACCAGAUGGCAGCAAGGAUCUUGCACGACUCUUCACCGUCAGGCAGACCGCCACCGCCUGUGACCUGUGCUUCUCCUUCUGGUACCACAUGUAUGGCCCCAGGAUCGGGAACCUGAACCUCAAGGUGCAGCAAGAAGGCCAGCGGGAGGUGCUCCUGUGGACCAGGGGCGCAACACAAGGUAACAAGUGGAGACACGGAUUCCACACCAUCAGUCCGCAGCUCAAACACUUCCAGAUGAUAUUUGAAGCAAGUCAGACCGACGGAGUAGCAGAUAUCGCUAUCGAUGACAUCAGCGUUGUGGGGGGGCCCUGCGAGCCCCAACAGGUGUGCACCUUUGAAGCCGACUGCUGUGAGUUCACCUUCACAGGGCCACAUAGCUGGCGGCGAGAGCGGGCAGGCUCGGGGAAAACCAACAAGCCGACCAGCGAUAUCACCAGGGAGACGGAGCAAGGACACUACAUGCUGGCUGACACCAGCGGGCAGACACUCCCAAGUGGCCAGGCAGUAGUCCUGGUGUCACCACCCCAAGUACCGCGAGAAGUACUUUGCCUGCAGUUCUGGGUCCAGACGAACGUCGAGAGUUCAGGUACUUUGAACGUCUAUGUGGAAGAGGACUCACAGGGGAAGAGGCUGAUCUGGAGUGACGUGGUAGCCCCACCAAUGACCUGGAGGCUGGGCAGAGCCAGCAUACGAACAGAUCACACCUGGAAGCUGGUGUUUGAAGCGGUCGGUCAAGGAGCAGCCUCAUCGUACAUUGCCAUCGAUGACGUGAUGCUGUUGCACAGCCAGUGUCCUCAGAUGGGCGCCUGUACAUUUGAAGAUGGCAUGUGUGGCUUUAGGAAUGUCCUGGGCUCCCAGAUGCAUCAAGUGCACUGGAAUUGGAACAGUGGGAACACGCCCAGCCACUUCAAAGCACCAACUGUUGACCACACCCUGAAGAAUGCGGAAGGUCACUACAUGUUUGUGGAUAUUCGACAGAUCGAGAUUGGAAACGAGGCCUGGCUGCUGAGUGAACACCUCCCCCCAACCAAAGGCUCGUGCCUUACGUUCCACUACCAGACCAAAAUCAGCAAACAGCUCAUGCACGGGCCACUCAAGGUUUUCCGGUACACGCCUGAUGGGAAGGAGAAACCGGUCUGGGAGGCCAAGGAUACCCAGGACAACAAUUGGCGAGCUGGCAACAUAACUGUGGACAGUGCCACGGAGUUCCAGGUUGGUUUAAAGGUGAUAAAAUCAGAGGGUGAAUUGACUGGUUACAUUGCCAUUGAUGACAUUGAAUAUCAUCGUGGUGAGAACUGUUAUGGAGUUCGGACGGAUAACCUUGCUGGAGGUGCCAGCAACACUGCCGGGAUUGUUGCUGCUGUGAUCCUCGUUCUGGCUCUGCUGGUGUGCCUCGCGGUGGCCACCAAUUACUGGUAUAAAAACAAGAUCGCCUGCUUCCAUGGAGGCAGUGAUGGUUCCAGGACACCCUUUGGGUUUGACAACAUCAGCUAUCGAAAUCGUAACAAGAAUACGGUGCCAGUGGAGACUGUCCCUGGGCUUGAUGUACAAGAUCCAUAGUGAGCUUCAGAGGAGCAGAACGUCUCCAACGCAGCACUCCAUGUACAAUAAAAUAUCUCUUUAUUAAAGAGCCUGGGAGCCAGAGAGUCCUUUCUUCUUUGCU